AUGGGAAAUUUACUACCUCUAGAUAGCUCUAAAAAGCAGCAAAUCGAAGGUAAGGUUCUUGCUUACUGUUUCGAACGAACCGGGAAGUUGCUUUCCAAUAGCCGGGAGCUUUCGCCUCUUACUGACGCACUGGAGAGCACUUUGCAUUGCAGAGGUGUCGAUUACUGGUGCAGGCUUCAUUAGAUUUGAACUUCAUUUUCUAGGUACAAACUGAAUUCGAUCUGUGUAUAAAAAAACGCACUGUCCAUUCUCCAUGCUGUCUUUGUGGGCUAUUGACCCGCCCAACCUUGUUAUGAACCUAACACUCUACAUGUACAUGUGCGCAACACUUGCAUUUUCUCAAUAGAUAAGCUUACUUUUAACUUUACUCAGUUAACUAACUAACUAGCUAACUCGAGCGCAAGUUUGCAAUAAUGGCAGGCAAUAAUAAUUAUGCAUGUGGCACAAUUGAGGGGAUUAAUCUACAUGCUAAAUGGUUUGCUUUUGUGUUGAAGCUAAGCUUUUUUCUCAGGUGGGAAAGAAGCCUUUAAGAAUAAAUGGGAAGAAUAAAUCGAUAGAGUGCUGCUACCAUUUAAGCCUGCAUGAUUAUAAAAAAAUGCAUAGUUUCAGGAAAAAUAUUGAAUAUGAUAAUCCUGCUGUCUUUCCAUAAUUGCUAAUGUGCUGAAGAGGGUGAGACAGGGAGGGCUGUCUCCUCAGGAAAGUGUUGCAAUAAUCUCUGCAAACAUCUGCAACACCCUAACCUUGUGGAAAGAAUGACAUAUUGUACGCCAUUAUCUCAGCCUGCCGUUACCUAUAAUGUAAAGUACUGCAAAACAAAGAGCUGGAGGCUUUUGGAGAGCCUCUGUUCCUUUUAAAAAGAGACCAAAAAGGCCAAAAAUACAGCAAUUUCCUCUCAUUCACUUAUACAUUUUUUUCCUUUUUGUUUCCUGUUUGUAUGAAAUUAGGUGUUUUCACCCACUUCCUGCCAAUGAAAGUGUUCACUUUAUUUCCCCUGCUGUUCACCAUGCUAUUGUCUCAAAAGGAUAAUGUUUGAUAAUGUCCUUUUUUAGGCAAAAAAUGAUUGUACAUGAUUGUAUGUUCUUUUGUGUAAUAAUUAUUCAUAUUGGGUCAAUCUUAAAAAAAAAAGCAAUAAAAUUACAUCAUCCACAAAUUUACCCUUUUUCAGACAUUGCAGAGGAAUUUCUUAAGGAAUUCACAAUAGCCUACAAUACUGCCUAUGGAGUUGAAUACACAAAGAAAACCUUGAAGGAGAUAGAUGCUGAUUCAUUUGCAGAGGAGAAACCUGUUUACAAAUUAUCGCACAGACCGGUAAGUAAAUAGUGGAUCAGUGGCUACUUACAUGUAGGUGUUGCAUUCUAUCAGGGUCAAACAUUUUUUUUGGAUUUUUCCAUGUUCUACUGGGGAAAAAUGUUUUUGGUUGGUUUGAUUGAUCAACUUGUUAAAUUUUUAACUGUGUGGCAUUAUUUUCAAGUGUUGCUGCCAUUUUUGCACAAAUUUCAUGCAUGAAAAUUUGUUUACCCAAGCCUCACGAUAAACUUGUCAACAAUGCAACAAUGCUGGUCUUCAUGCAAUUUUAAAAGCACUUCAUAAAUAAUUAGAGAAACAAUGUUUCAAAGUUUUCAAUACAUUCUCUGAUCCAUAGAUUAAAAAAGUGUUAUCUUGGGAACUCGAACAAAAUCAACCAAAACUGGUGUUGCUUUUGAUAAAGUGGUGGAUCCCAAUAAAACAUGACCCUACAACUGUGUAUGUUACAGGUCAAAAUAAGAUUCAGGUUAAAUUUUUUUAACCUAGAUUGAUCCUCAAUUUCCUCGAUCAACCUAGGGCUUGGCGCACGCUACUGGUGUACACGAGCGUAACACGGUGCCUUAUGCACGAUUCGCGCUCAAGAAAAGGCACGGUUUUGUGCCAAAGCACGGGAAAAAAACAUGCAAAGGAACAGAUUAGGCACACUUAAGGCACAGUUAAGGCACGUUUUAAAUAUUGCUAAGGCACAUUUUAGGCUCAGUUUGGGCACAGUUUUGGCACGGUUUAGGCACAGUUUACGCACAAAUAUUCAACGCUGAGCACUUUUUUGAAAAUCUUUGUAACCUGACUUUCAAAAAAGAACAAACUUAGUACGAAUUACAAAAAUAAUUCAGAUCAAACACGAUACAGUUAGAAGUAUAGGAAGUGUAAGUUUUGAGUCACGGCGAAAGUCGGGAAGAUUAAAGUAUUCUUCGACAGUCCGUGUUUACUACGAGGGUAAAGUGGAAAUUCACAUGCGAUACAUGCGGUCUGAACCUUUUCGGUUACGAUGCAAUUUUUUAGACUGAGCUUUCUUUCGUUUCUAAAAGAAAUCGUGAAAGAAAGUCGAAGCCAUAAUAACAAAAGCAAAGCUAAAGAAGUAAGGCACAAAAAUAGCCGAUAAAAGUCGUAGAAAACACCUUUGCGAUUGCGGUAAAAUUGGCCUGAAUAGAGUACUAAAGUGAUGAUGUCAUAAAAAUGAAAUUUCUGUAAUUAUGGGAUUUGUCAGGAUAUUCUGAAAGAACAAUGUCCAAGAGGCCUACUUGCCAAAAAUGAGCAUUUCGCGGCAAAUUGUCUCUGAGAUCGUAGCCCAGUUAUACUCAGAAAACUCCAUACAAACCCUUCUAAUUUUUUUUGGGGUCGACCCAAAAAAAAUUUAGAAGGGUUUGUAUGGAGUUUUGUAAGCAUAACUGGGCUACGAUCUCAGAGACAAUUUGCCCCCAAAUGCUCAUUUUUGGCAAGUAGGCCUCUUGGACAUUGUUCUUUCAGAAUAUCCUGACAAAUCCCAUAAUUUCAGAAAUUUCAUUUUUAUGACGUCACACUUUAGUACUCUAUUUGCAUAACAACAUGAAAAGUGGUAAUUUGAAACCUUCAUUGCAACGCGUGUUUUUUUUUUAAUACAAAAUGCCGCUGCUUUUUAAAAAUAUUUCUCUAACUAAAAAGGUAGAAUUUACACUUAGUAGUAAAGUAAUUCAAGCUGCUUGUUUGUUUUUGAUUUCUGGCUCUGUUAGCAAAUUAAGCUUUAAUCGUAUAAUAAUCGAUGAGACGUGCCAAUUUGCUUCAAAACAUCGGCGUGCAAUCAAUUUGUUCGUUUUCAUUUUAUAAGUCAUAUCAAAUUCUUUUUUUGAAUACAAAUCUGCCCUCCUGCGAAAAAAAUAUUUCAUUCCAACUAAACGCUCCGUUAAGAAGGGGAGAAGAAACCCACUUGGAAAUUUUUUAACAUCAGUGAACUUCUUGAAUCGAUGAAAUUAUAUCAACAUGUAAUUGAGCUGAGCACUUAUUUUAAAUACGCUAACCUGUUUAAGAUUCCAUUUUCCUGUUUGUCGGGGCUUUCCCUGCUGUCUCUAACCGUAUUCUGAGUCAUGUUAUUUCUCAUAAGGGGAUAAAAAGGUCGUCAGACCGUGUUUCUAGACUUCGUAAACCUUAAAACUGACAUAAUUGCUGUGCUCACUUUUCUUUCGCUGUGGAGCUCGAUAGGCUGGACACGCUUUUUUGAGUGACUCAAUAUUUUGGCACAACUUGUGCACAGAUUAGGCACAGUUUGGGCACAACUUAGGCACAGCUUAGGCACGUUUUUCAAAACUAAAAUGCACACUUUAUGCACAUCUUAGGCACAUGGUUCAACGCACGGUUUACGAAUUUUCACGUUAAAAAAUGCUUUCUAACCUUAGAUAUUUGAUCUAAGUGUAAAAAUGGGUUUCCCGAAGUCUUAACAGUUAGUCUAUAAGGAAGGUUUAACUUAUGAGCAUUCCAAGAAUUAUUAUUUCUUCUCUUAACAACAAAAGAAAGUCAAUCAAAAGCAAUCUUUUAAAUUGAUGUUCGCGCUGCACAGAGAUCGGAUGUAGACAGAACAUCUUUCUGAAAAUGCCCUAAACUUUGUUGUUUUGCCAUUAUGUGCAGUAAUUUUUAAUACAGUUAGUACUCAUAAGUCACUGACCUCUGUGGAGAAAUUUUUCCAAAGUACCAUUAACAGAAACAGAGAAAUCCGACAAUAUGCGUGGUUAGACUGUAAAUGUUACGCGAGCUGUUAAAAAAUGGUCCCAUUUUGAGCCAUAUUUUUCAUAUUUUAAUUUUAUUUUGGUCUUACAGCCAGAAAAAAAAUAUUCAAUGAAAAGCUGUUUAUAAACUUAAACUUCUUGCCAAAUAUCGAUGCGAUCUGAGUUUUAAUAAGUUCAUAAGGGCCAAACGAUGUGAGAUUCAACGAUGUGUACACCAGUGGCGUGCGCCAAGCCCUAGGGUUUAAAAAUUUUAACCUGAAUUUAAUUUUGGCCUGUAACAUAAUGUCACGCAUAUAUUUUUUAUUUGAUGUUGAGGCUUUUGAUGAUUAAUCUCAAUUUGCAGUCAUGAUUAAUAUUAGCUACAAUGAAGGACAAAAGUGUUGAGACACUUCAAUAAAAUGGCCCCUUUUUGAACAGUGGAUAUACCUAUCCCCUCUCCCUGUUUACCCCCACCCCCUCCCCCCAAGACCAAUGUUGCAUAUUAGACCCUCAAGUCUUUCUUUUACUACAAACAACAUUGAUUCAGGGAUGGAAGGAUUUACGGCAUUUAAAUAGAAUGAAAUAAUAAAUUUAUGAAAUUGUUGAUAAAAGCACCUGUUUUAGAUAAGUGUGUCAACUGCUUGCAUCCCUGAUUGUAGGUCAUUUAUAGUUGUAUUUGUAAUUUUUAUAGUGGGACACCUUCAAGUGUCCUAUAAAGAUGGGAUACCUUACAAAGAAAGGGGCAGUGGUCAAGAACUGGAAGAGGCGUUACUUUGUAGCCAAACCUGAUUACUCAGUAGACUAUUAUGAAAGUGAAGAGGUAAGUAUAUUCCUGAACAAAGAAUUCAAGAAGAAAUCUUUGGCUUGUCUUUUGAAAAAUCUGUGCUCAUUUUGAUAUUAGAGGGUCAUGGCCUAUGAAUAAUCCUGGCGCUUUACAGCGUAAGAGUGUAAUACCCUUAUAUUGAUAAAAAGUUGGCAGGUAAAAGGUAUAUAUAUGUAUUAGGCUGAAAUGGAUUCAACUUGGUUUCACUAUCCUCAAUGAAAAUGAAUUAAAUUAUGAAAUGAUUUAUGAUCACGAAUAGUUAUUAGGCUAAUUUAGCAACAGGACGGGAAAGUCAGUUGACGACGGGAAGGCGCACAGAAAGGACUAAACAUGCUUCCUUGUGCCCAAUUUGUCGCUCUGUUAUUGGUCAAGCCAGUUGUUUGAUCUGAGCACGCCGUAGUCAACUGGCAUUCCCGUUCUGUUGCUAAAUCAGCCUAUUAUAAGGACCAGGAGGCAGAGGAAAUUGCGAAUCAAACUGCUGCAGGUUGAAACUAUUUUAACCUGAAUUUUAUUUUAAUCUUAACAUGAAAAAGCAGUAUUGGAGCUUCUAUGACUGUAUAUUUUAUUUCUAGUAAAGUGCAUGUAGAAGUUUGCUUACUUCUGGAAGUCAUACAAAAUUAAUAAUUUUUGUAAUACAUGUAUACAGGCAUAUGAGAAAGGUUUCAAACCUAAAGGCACCAUCUUUCCCUGUGGAUAUGAGGUUAAUGCUAAUGUUGAUGAAACAAUGGCUGAGAGGCUUAAGAAUCUUGCAAAAAUGAUGGGUAAGGUGAUUUAGUUGGCUUGUGAGAGUGAUUGGUUGAGGAAAGGAACAAAAUAAGAAACAAGUUAGGAUUAAGCACCGAGAAUCAUUUACCAAUACUCAGUCAGUUCAGCUAGAAUCACAUAGCCUUUUUGUAGACAUCUCCUAUUCCUUUUUUGCUUGUGGAAAAGGGUGGUGCCUUAAGUAUGUAUUCAUCAAAGAAAAAAGUCCGAGACAACUGCAUGCAGGCUAGAGUCACCAAGAUGUAACUAGUAAUAGUUAACACUACAGCUGCCCCCGCUCUGUAUACUGUAGGUCAAUAGUGUUCUUAGUCAUUGUGUAGCUCUUUGAAAUAUACCUAUUCAUAAUGAAGAUUUUCACACAUUUUCCAUACAAUAGGUGAGAUAAAAACAGGAAAUGCAAGGUUGCUUGCACUGAUUCAGUUUGAUUUACACAGCUUUGGUCAAAACCUUCUCAGUUUCGAGAAUAGUUUAUUCUAAGCCAUUUUUGUACAGUUCAUUUUGUUUGUCGGAGAGUAAGCCGUAGAAAUUCAAAGGUUUGAUCAAUGCGUUCUAGCCUUUUAUUUAACAUUAUAGAAGGACAUUCUGUGAGUAGGUAAUACACUGUAAGUCAGCACAGAAUUAAAUUGUCGGCAAAAUUUCUCUAUUCGUCCAUUGUUCUGCUAGUGAUAAGCCAGCCAUUGAUUCACUUGUCUUGCUUGUUUGUGAACCGAGUCUUAUUCCGCAAAAUCCCUGUGGGGGCAAUAAUACAAUUUGUAUUAAAUUGUCAUUUAAGGCUUUUAAUGCUCUGUUUACUGACUUACAAAGCAGAUGAGAUGUGACUGGUGACUUCUUUGUGUUACAAACAGUCUCGUGACUGAGCACAUGUAUAGUAUCACUGCAAUAAUAGAUUUUUUAUUUUUAUUUUUUUAGGAGUGGAUGAAAACGAAGUAGGAGUUCCAGAGAAGUUACCAGAAUACACUUUUGAGGUGGGACAUGAUAGGAGAAGGUCUUAUCUCAUCACGGCUGAAAAUGAAGAAGACAAACAAGCCUGGGUGGAAACUUUUAAAGUUUGCUGCAGAAAAGCGAAAGGUAAGGUAUACUGUAUUUACUCUAAUUUAGGGCCAUGGCAUUUAUUAAAUUUUUUACUCCUCAAAUGUGACGCUUAUUCCAGGGCAUUGUUUAACAAUCAAAAGUUGGAUGCAACAAAGCAUCAUUUCAACUUACUACCAAUGCUAUUAUUAUUUUCCAUAUUAAACUAACAGAAUUGGCAUCUUUUGGCUUCGAUUAUAUCAGGCCCACAGCACUUAACAUUAUUAAUAUUAUUUUUUGGUUCCAAAUGCAUUGCUUACUCAAGGGUGGCACUUCUUUGAGUAAAUUAAUAUGGUAGAUCUAUAGAGUGUUUUCACAUGACAUCACGGCAGCCAUAUUGGUGUCCCAAAACAAUGAAACGGUGGCCAUGUUGGUGUCCCAAACCAAUCCUGUGGGAGUUGAACUCUUUUCUUAUGCAAACGCUUUCUCUUAAGUUUCGAUAAAUUUGCAUAGAUGCUGGUCGCGUGUGUGAAAACACUCUAUUGUUUCAAUUAUACAAACUGUGAAAAGUCAUGUCAAUAGUGCGACAUAAAAGUCCAUGUUGAUAGUAGAGUAAAUGAGUAAAGCAAACAAGUUGUCUAAACUUAGUAGAGUCUGUUAAUUACAUGGACAAGAAAAAAGUGCCCAUAGUGUCCACAUUGAUGAAGCCCUGUUAGGGUAAAAUUCCGACAAACGACAUGACUUUAAAAUGACAACAUAAGACAAAUUAAAAUAUAUGGCAACAAACAACACGAAGGUGGUUUAAAGCUGCAACAGCAAUGAAGACAAAAGCAGAAACAAUAGAAAAAUGCAGACAGGUACGUGGCUAAUUCCUCCUCAAUACAGUUUGUGAAGUGACAGGUUUUGAAAUUCCGAAUACGGACCUGCAUACCCACCCCAAGAGGGCCUCAUAAAUAGAGAGGAGAAGUCAUUAUGUCAUGUUGCCAUGGUAGCAAAAUUUUUGAAUGACAACAAACCGAAAAUUCACUUUAAAAGUAAAUUCGCACUGUUUCAAACUUCAUUGAUCUUAUUCAUUUGCAUUUAAUUUGUCAAAUGCUGGCAAAAUUAUCAGGAUUGAAUCCGAAAGGACCCUAUCUGAGGGUUUUCUUUCCCCAAGGACAAUUUAGCAAACUGUCGGAAUAAUGAGGUGUCCAUAUAAAGCACGUUUGAUUCAGAGAAAAUGAAAGGGCUUUCUUUCCCCGGGGACCAAACGAACUGUCCGUAAUAAUGAGGUGUCCUUAUUAAGUGGAUAUUGUCCGAAAGCAGGAUUUGAUUGUAUUAUAACUUGUAUGGUUACAGGACUGAAGAGUGAAGACCCAGUUGGUUGUGCAGCUUUCAAGACUGCUAUCUGGAAAACAUACUGGAGACACAGGGUUACUGGCACCGAAGAGCAGGUUGGCAAAAAAAAUAUGGCUAUAAUUAUUUUUAAUCGUUGAAAUUAGACAAUGAUUUAAAGGUACAGUAUCCACUUUAUGUUUCUACCAUCUACGUUAUGCUGGGCUUUGAGUGGAGGAAAGCCCUUAGCCAGAGGAAAACCUCCUGGAGCAGUGGCUAGGACAAACAAGUUGAACAAAGUUAGCUUUUAUAUAGAGCAUCAGCUCUGUUAUUUGCACUCAGUAUAUGCAAUUUAGGCUGCCACAUUAAUAUUUUGACUCCAAACUAUUUCCUCUUGCCAUGUUUUGACAAGAGUUUACCUACACUGUAUGGUCAAACAACGAACAUUUUUAUUAGUGUGUCGUAACUCCUGAAGGGUGCCCACCAAUGUAACAGUAAUAAGUUGAAGAUUAAUGAAUAAAAUAAGUAUUAGUAUUUAUGCAAUCUAGGCAUGAAUCAAUCAAUCAAUCAAUCAAUCAAUUUAUUUAUGUCAAUACGUGGGAUGGGGUUGCCCCGAUCAUCCAAGCCGGCAGAGCCGAAUCAGGGCCUCAAGCAUCAGACUAUUCCCAGAUUCUUCGCAAGAUUAAUAUUUUUUUCUUCAUCUGAAAGCCAACAAGCUCCUCCUUCCAUUAUUUCUCUUUAAACAAGAUUUUAUAAAAAACUUAGGUCCCUGUUAUUUUUUAAUGAUUUGGUUUAUAGGGUGGCCCAAAAAUAUAAUUGUGAUGGAAUUGGCCAAAAUCUAAUGGUAUUGAUUUAAUACAAUGUAUUUUUGUCUUGGGAAAUUGGAACCUAUAAGCAAUGCGACAUAAUGUGAGAUGUAUUCUCUUCAGGUUCUUAGUGACAUCCUUGUUGACAGAAUCAAUUACCGCGUGAUGACUUCUGUGUACUAUGAAAUUAAAGGAGGCUGGACAAUGAGGCAAAAGAUCAGAGAACAAGUAAGCUAUUUUAUUUUAUUUUUUUGCAAAAAAAUAUCACAUACAUGUACUGCAGUAAACUUAUGGAUUACUGGAUUCCACAAUUUGUAGAAUCUUCCGUUAGUGUUUGCAUGUGUAUAAGAGGUAUUUGUGUACUAUUGAUUCAUGUAGGUUGUCAAGACACUUGAUUCUCUUGUGAUGGCCAUGGUGAUACCAUCCUGGAAAGGGAUGCAGGAAUCUUCACAACAGAUGAAAACUGUUCUGGAACCAACAAUCAAAGACAAGAAAGAUGAACUGGCAGCGGUACAGCGCAAAGUCAUGUGGGAUUUAUCAGGUAAGCAGUGAUAUAGACUAUUAGCGGCCCUUGUUAGUUAUUCUAGAGGGUCACGCGGUGAAUUACAUGUCCGCUGUAACUACAAUUGGGAGGGUUUUUCUUUGUCCAUUUGAAGAAGAUCGGAAGAAGACAAUUCAAAUUUUUGUUGAAGCCACACGGACAACUUCAAAGGGGUAGUUGUUCGGCUGAAACCUCUGAAAAAGGUGAUUAUUCAUUAUCAUGCGAGUUUUCCUUUGAAGAAAGUGUCUUCUCCCCAAGCUGUUCUUUAAUCUUUUUUUUUCACUGUGAUUAGAAACUAAUGUACUUGAUGUAAUAUUAACAACAGUUGAGGUAAUUUUAAAAACCUUGCAUUGCAGAGACUAUGCGGACGUCCACAUGUUCGUAUCUGAUUUUUUUAACUGUUGAUCCUACUUUUUUUCUUAGAACUGUUGAAAAGCACAAUGGAAAAGUUCUUAACCGACAUGAAAGACACGAUGAAAGAGAUUGUCCAACUUCUUAAACCCAAGGUAAAGUGACCUUGUUUUUUCUUCCAGUUGCAGUUAACCCUUUAAGCCCCAAUAUCCACAAACAAAUUCUCCAAACUGAUCUCUAUACAUUUCCUUACAGAACUAGUUGGGAGAAAUUGAUAAAAGAUCAGAGAUUCUUCUCUUUGUGAUCAUUUGAUUAAUUCUCAUAGAUGUUGCACUUGACAAUGUAUGGAUAUUGUUAGGAGAAAAUUGAUGUUGGUCACUAUUGGGACUUAAAGGGUUAAAAUGCAAGGCUACCGCAGAUGUCCCAAGUUUACUACCAUUUCUAUUCAGUAUUUUCAACCAGAGAAAAUGAUGUAAGGGAAAGCACUCAUCAUCUUUUUUUUCUUUGAUGUGUGGCAGAUGGAGCAGGGCUUGACAGAGUUAAGAAAAAUCUUCAUCAAGACAGUUGGCAAAGUCAUUGAGGAAGCUGAGAACACAAAUGAAGUUGAGGCAUCUUUACCUUCGGUAUGAAUUUAAUAUGUUCUUACACUAAUUUGUAUCUUUAUCCGGGGUUCCAGCCUCGACCGUCGCGUUGUUUCCUUAGACAAGGAACUUUACUCUACUUUGUUUCUCUUCAUCCAGGUGUAUAAAUGGGUACCAGCGACAGCGACAGUGGAGGGGGGGCGGGGGGCGGGGGGGGUAACCCUGGGAUGGACACGCAUUCUAUCCAGAGGGGGGGGAGUAGCAAUACUCCUAGGCAUGUUUCAUGAUAAGGAAACCAGGAUAAGCUUCAACCGUUUGGGCCUUUGGCUCGUGUGCGCCUUUAUCUUGACCUACGUCAUAUCUUGGUACAUACUUUUAAUUUCCGCAGUAAUACAGACAAAUGCAAGACAUUACGUUACAUGCUUAAACACUUGUACACUGCAAUUAUUUUUGUCACUUUUUUGUCGUAUUAUGUCAUCAAAUUGAACAAAGAAAUGAACUAAUAUAGCUACAGUCGAAUCCUCUCUAUCGACACUCUCUUAAUACGGGCACCCAUGUAUAACGGACAGUUUCGUUUGUCCCGACGAAAAACCUAUAAUUAUUUUCUCUCUUAAAUUUACCCGCUUCACACGGACACUAAUACGGACACUAUGAAUUUAUUUUUCUUUUAGUUCUUUAAAACUUUGGACUAUGCUCCUCGUUCGGCUUCGAAACUGUAUGAUGCUGUCAAGUGCGUUGCCAGUGCAAGUGAUCUGCGUAAAUAUGAUGACCGCAUUAACAAGCUGAAUGGCUAUAUAGUGAGAGACAUUGGAAGCGAUGCACUCGCUCAGGUGAGUGUCUUAGAUUAGCCUGUGCCAGGCUCUGGGUCAUUGUGGACGAGCGAAAAAAGCGAGCGAGCAGUGAAUAGCGAACAAGCGAAAAACGGUAGGAAGAAAGAAGGGGAGAACCUGUAAGAAUCUUUUCAAAUACGUCAAUACUUUUUUCCCGACAGUAUGCAUUUGCGACUCUUAAUUUUUAUUUUACUCCGUCAAACCCAGGUCUACUAUAAUUAUAAUUAGUUGUUGAAAAACGUUGCACGAAUUGAUGCUAUUUACUGUGUGCGCAUUUCAUACAAUGUAUAAGUUUUGCCAUGUUGCGCGCCAAAAUAACGUUUAUAACCCUACCUAGGUUAUGAAGCCAUUUGUAUUGCUGUGUUGCAUUCCUCUUUCAGCUUCUGGAUUCAGCGAUGUUUACUUUUGAGGAGCGUUUUAAUGAAGGAAUCACUGGUACCGAUGCUAAUACAAACGGCCAAACUGCAGCGGAUGUCAUGAAAGUAGUCAAAGAAGAAGUAUUGUUGGUAAGAACGCAUAUGGGUACCAAUAGAUACUGUAGCCUGCAUGUGUGGCUAGCGUUCGAAGGGGAAGGGAAGAGGGGAUUACAAGGCCUAGCACGCGGGCUAUAAAUACUGGGAAGGGGCAAAGCUAACCCCUGUUCCCUAAGGAGCAUAGUAUAAAGAGGAGGGGGCAGAGGCUGUUCAGGGAUUAGUGCGAAGCUGGGUCUAGCAAGUAGGGAAUUCCCUCGUGAAGUUUUGUUCACUUUCCUUUUCAUUUCUUUCAUGGACUCUCUUGCAGCCGUUCUACGUGUCACGACACCCCCCUGAUCAAAGCGUGACGACUCAAAGGACGGUUGUUUAGGGAACUACUCCUUUCACCCCCCCCCCCAAAAAAAAAUAUUUCCCUUCCUGUGUGUGAUGUAUUCCGCUACAGCUAUCUUCCUAGUCUUAUCGACUAUAUAUCAUCAUGUGCAAGCAUGAAACGAGUUUGUAAGAAGUGAAUACAGUCUUUUUAGCUGGAAUUUGAAAGUACUAGUUUUCCCUGUUACACUACUCGUUUCGCCACCUUACUAUUCUACUCCAUAAUGUUUGUGCACUUGUUUUUAUGUCAUUGCUACCGUAUACUUUGAUCAACAGAAAUUUGACGUAGAUCAGAAAGUCGCUUUAGACGAAUAUCUGAUGAGCGCAUUGAUGAGUAUGCUCGUACCUCACACGCACAGUCUCGCUGAUGAAGUCUGCAAACCGGUAACAUUUUACUUCAUUUGUCACUGACGGCUUGUAAUUGAACAUUCUCUAACUCUAAGGGUUUUUAUUCACAUCCUCAAGUUGUAGUGUACGUUCUUCGUAAGGUGAAAAAGUGGAAAAGAAAAAAUGGGAAAACGAAUGAACCUUCAAUGGUAUCAAGUCCCUCUCUAAACCAUCGGUUUUUAUUGACGUCGUCGCGUUGCAGUGCACGUCCUUAUCGUCAUAAACGGCUGACUCCAACUUUUUAGACUCUUCCCAGACCCCAACUUUUCAGAGCUUCGAGAUUUAGCGCUUACUGCAACUUGCGCGCAUAAUAGUUUCAAAUGUACCGAGGGGUCGGGCGUCGAAGUUUAUAGCGCUUGGAAGGCGGACACUAUUUUUUUCUUUCUCUCUUUCUUCCUCCCAACACUUUUCCUUCUCGCCUACUUCCAUGCUAUAAAUUUUCUCAUCAGCACUACUCUGAUCCUCAAACAUCCAAUGAAUUUAUUGUCUUUUUCGUUUAACUUCUUAAAGAUGAUCAAACCAGUAGAACAGAGUAUCCCAGACCCCCUCCGUCAGGCUAUCUCACUCAGUGACAAGUAUGACACAUAUGUCGAGACCAGCAUCCGGGACACAAUCAAGAAAGGUGAGCGGCUGCUAUGUGUGGGGCCUGGGCGUUCCUUUCUCUGAAUUUUCAUUUCCAGUCCUGCUCACACGGCCGAACAAAACACGUUUCUAACGGAAGGUCAAGUUGGUUUUAACGCCCAAAAAAUCCAUCCACUUUCUUGUUGUUUAGACAGUCCAGUUCUGGCCCUUCUCUCUCUGUCACGCAACGCCGGUCUCCCUCUUCCGGCGUUGCGUGACAGAGAGAGAGGGGCCAGACCUGGAGUAUUUUUUAGAAGGCCAAAUAGUGAAUGAAUUUCAGGUACAACCCUUGUAUCAACCACAUUCAUAUAACGUGGUUUAAACUUUUAAAUCAACUCCCUCUUGUCUUAUCUUGUCUCUAUUUGGGGGUAUGUACCGAAUGGGAACUAUGUUGGCUCACUCAGCAUCAUAAGUAAGUGUGAGUACGGUGACAUUGAAUGCCCAAAAGAAUUCGUAAAAGAAUUGGAAUUAAUUGAAUUUAUUUGGAACAAACAUUAUCCGAUUAGCUGAAAUUUUGCUUGUCCAAGGGGAUUAGGAUGAAGGGUCUUUUUCGCCAAACUUUUAGUUUGCCUGCCUCCAAAGAAAUCGUUGAACCUAUCUUUCGUGUUUUUUUCUAAAUUUCCGUUCUUCCCUUUUGGCAGUUUGUGGUGUCGGCAGAGCCUCGGCGACCCAAGCUGAAGCUAAGAAGGAAUCCACUGCAGAACCGGCAAAGUCUGGGGAACCCAAAGCCGAAGCAACAGCGAAAGAAUCCGAACAGAAAUCGAGCGAACCUAAAGCCGAAGAAACAGCGAAAGAAUCCGAACAGAAACCGAGUGAACCCGAAGCCGAAGAAACAGAGAAAGAACCAGAACAGAAACCGAGCGAGGAACCAAAAGCCGAAGAGAAGUCGAGCGAAGGCGGAGAAAAACCGACAGAGCCCGAAGGGGAAACGGAAGAACCGAAAGCCGAGCAGACAACUGAACUAUAA